UUUUUCUAUCGGCAUCAAUAAAUCCAUCAAAAGUGUUGUCCACCAUACUGAAUUAUGAACAACACAAUCUAUAAUUAUGCAUUAUCAUCAUCUUUUAGAAUUACUAUUAACAGAGCCAAAAUAAUUAAACACCAAUAAUGCAUGAAAUUGUUAACUAUAAAAACAUAAACCCAAUAUGAGUCUUAGCUAAAAUUAUGGAAACUUGGUUAAUAAUCUUCAUCUCCCUCACACUCUCCAUCAUCAUCAACCAUUUCUCCUCCGCCAAAACCUCCGCCGCAAACCUCCCUCCCGGCCCGUCUCCAAUACCCAUCUUCGGCAGCUCACUAUGGCUAACCACAUCACUCUUCGAUCUCGAAUCAGCUCUUCGCUCUCUCCACUCCAAAUAUGGCCCAAUCCUCACCCUCCAUACUGGAACACGCCCCACCAUUUUCAUAGCCGAUCAUACCCUGGCUCACCAAGCCUUAAUCCAACAGAGUUCUCUCUUCGCCGACCGCCCACCGGCCAUGGGCAUGGAAAUAAUUAACACUAGUAAUCAACUUACUAUCAGCUCUGCCUUUUACGGACCUACCUGGCGAAUUUUAAGGCGAAACCUGACUGCGAAAAUUCUGAAUCCUUCUAAUAUCAAAUCUUAUUCACAUAUAAGGAAAUUGGUUCUGCAAACACUUAAAGAUCGCAUUGAGUCAGAAUUUAAAGAUAGAGGAGCGGUUCAGGUCAUAGGUCAUUUUAAGUAUGCCAUGUUUAGCUUGAUAGCUUUCAUGUGUUUCGGGGACAAUCUUGAAGAAGAUCAGAUCAAGAAAAUUGAGGAGGUUCAGCGUCCAUUAUUAUCGAAUUUUGUUGAAAAACGCUUGUUUAGCUUCUUGCCAAGUUUGAGUAAGUUUUUAUUCAGAAAACAGUGGGAAGAGCCUAUGCGAAUUCGAAAGAAUCAAGAAAAUGUAUUGAUUCCUCUAAUAAGAUCAAGAAAAGAAAAAAAAUUGAGCGAGAAUCAAGAAACAGAGGGAAAAGCUUUGUUGUCAUAUAUUGAUACAUUGAUGGAUCUUGAACUUCCUGAUGACAAAAGAAAGCUUGAAGAACAAGAAAUAGUUAGUUUAUUAUCAGAGGUUUUUAACGGAGGCACAGAAUCUACAGCUGCAGCUCUGCAAUGGAUCUUGGCAAAUUUAGUCAAGCAUCCACAAAUCCAAGAAAAGCUGUACAUGGAAGCUAAAGAAGUAGUAAAAGAAACCAUAAUAAUCAAAGAAGAUGAUUUGCAGGAAAUGCCGUAUCUAAAAGCGGUGGUUUUAGAAGGUCUCCGGCGACAUCCGCCGGCGCACAUGCUGGUGCCACACGCAGUUAGUGAAGAUACAAUGCUAGAAAACUAUGUGAUACCAAAGAAUGGGAGUGUAAACUUCAUGGUCGCAGAGAUGGGGUGGGAUUCAAAGGUGUGGGCUGAUCCGGCGGCGUUUAAGCCGGAGAGGUUCAUGACCGGAGAAGUGUUCGAUAUGAGCGGAAGCAGAGAGAUAAAGAUGAUGCCAUUUGGAGUGGGAAGGAGGAUGUGUCCUGGGUAUGGUUUAGCAAUGCUGCAUUUGGAGUAUUUUGUGGCUAAUUUGGUGUGGAGUUAUGAGUGGAGAGCAGUGAAUGAAGAUGACAUUGAUUUGUCGGAGAAGCUUGAAUUUUCUGUUGUCAUGAAGUUUCCGUUGCAGGCUCAGAUUAUUCCUCGCCGGAGUUAAAGGCAUAAUAGCAAAAUGACUUAAUACAUUAUUUUACCCUAAACUAUAUCUUUUUAUUUUAUGUUCAUCGUUGAUAAACAUCGUCUAAGAAGACAAACGAGAUCCCGUUCUUCUCAGAUGAUAACAUUUUUUUAUUUAUUUUUUAUUUAAUUUUUGGUCAAUUUUUUUAUUUUUUUUAAGUCAGAGGUCGCAGUAGUGAUUCACGGCGGGUGUAUGGCCGUGUGUGAAUGAGUUUCGAUUUUUAGUUUGUUUAGAUUAGGUUUGAUUAAAUUGUUUUAGGUUUGAUUAGAUUGUUUUAUUUAGUUUUGAUUUUGUUGGGUUGGAUUGA